GCCAAUGUGUCUGUGUGUCAGCGUGGAAAAGUUAGCCCAAAUGCUUUGUGCUGCAAACGUUGUCAAGAUGUCGGUUCGCGAUAGUGCUGACGUGCGCGUUUGUGGAUCGACAUUUAUAGCAGUGUCAUAUAAUUCAUUUCUACGGACAGUUUCGUACCAGUGUGGUCGGGUAUCAUUUAAUUGAAGGAAAAGGGAUUUUGGGGUGUCUUCUUCUGUGUGCCCGCAUUAGCAGCGAUCGUUUGACAAUGCGCAACGCUGUCGCCAUACGUUGACGUGGAUGGGUGGUGAUCGCGGGAAAGCAUGGGAACGAAGGUGCACCUGGGUAGGUACCUGGGUGAUUCCCAGCAACCUGUUUGACAGAUAUCAUUUUAUCGGAUACCGGUUUCACCUGGAUACCCCACUGGCUCCCCCCGGUUCAUCCAAAGUUCGAUUGAUAAGUACGGUACCGGGUACGAAGAGGGUUAUUGAAGGAUGGGUAGAAGCUGUCAGCCUGAUCAUAAAAGAACUCCUCUCCAAACACAGACCUCGUCCAUUCCCGCAGUGAUCCAAUCAAGCGAUGUGCGAUGUUGCACUUCAGCUACAAAAUGGAGCACUUGUGUCGAGUCACGGCCGGUUUCAGCUUCGCAUAAGGUUCGGGCCGAUGAAACCCGUUGAUAAGUACAUGCCCGACCACCCAAUGUCGAAGUGGGGAAACGAACAGAACAAAAUAAACGAGGUAGUACACGUAUCGCCGUACUGCUCGAACCCACCCCGCGGGGGGAACGCAGUCACAGGUAAUAUGUUCCAGUGUUAUCGCGCUCCAUCGUGUGCUCCACCACAGGUCAUUAUGGUGUGUGUUUACCCUUCCUAAUGAGCAUUUGUCGGGCUCGGCCACCGAGUCGGCCUUCUGCAAUAUGUCGAGCCGUAGUGCUUCCCCCCGGCCGUAUAUGUUGCAAUGGGAAAGAUAAGAGCUCGGGACACCUUAAAUGAAGCAAUUCUAGCAAAACACCUCAGUUCGCUUGCCUUUACAAAUAAGUUGCGCAGUUUCUGCGCAGGUGAAGGAAUCCACGGGAGAAAAUUUAAUCUUACCCCUUACGGGCAAAGCUUCCCCGAAAGAUGGAGUAAUCAGGCCUUCGCUUUACCCAGAACUGACCAAUGCUGUCGUUCGGAUCGUUGGUGACGAAUGUCCCAGUGCCAAGGUUUGGUUGCUGUGCGGGCGCAUUUUGAUUGCUAUACCAGAAGUCUGAUGGGUGUGGUAUUUAAAAAAAACGCUGAGUUCCACUUGCUAAACGAUGCAAGUCAAUUGGAUGAGAGAUUGAUAGAAGUCUACCCUUUUCUUAGUCGAUCGAUCAAUAAUCACAUUGUCAGAGGAGCGCAACAAUAGGUGCAAUUGUACUUUGUCUACUCUUCAAUACAAUGGAUGGCUAACAGAUGGAACCAUCAGGUGUGGCUUGUUGGGAUAUUUUUAGCCGAAAUGAAAUAGAGGAAAAAAACCAUAAAUCGAUAAAACAUUGUUUUUACGAUGAUUAAAUCAUUGCGAUCGAAGAUCGUGUACCAUUUCUAGCCAAUUUGAAACGGAUUAACAGCAGAAAUUUAUCUAAUUAUAUUGCGCAACGUAAUUAUAAAGAUAGUGAUUGGAAUGAAAAAAAAAUAAUACAAGUACACUUUCGAUCCCUUUACCUACAAAUUUGUGGGGAUCAUAAAGGCGAAGGUUGAUGUCUAAUGAUCUCUAUCUGUUUACUUGUAUGAUAUGUUUUUCCAACCCCGGGAACCGUGAUACGGUGCUGCCAUAUCAAUGUUUGUAUGGCAGUUUGUUUUUUCCACCAUCCAGGAGUUCCAUCACUGGGGGCGCUAUUUUAGUCUAGGACUGCUGGCACAUCCACCACCAUUCCGGCUUCGAGCAGGCACAUGCUUACGGUAGAUAAGAUAAGCCAAGCUUAGGGCCUACCGAAAAUCGAUACCGAACCUGGGGUGGGAAAACAAAAAAAAAAGAUGUAUUGAUGUUGGAUCGGGAAGAAAAUCUUUCCUCCCGAUACCGACUCGUGGAUGUCCACAGAUGGAAAGGAAGACAAGUGCUGUUUGCCAAAAAAAACAUCAUUUCCAAAGCUCACGGAUGCGCACGAAUACGCCCGCUGUUGACUAAUCUGAUCACACUGUUAUUGUUUCGUUUAGCUUAUCCGAUUCGAAAUCGCAUAUCAGAUAAGUGAAGCUGUUCACGAUAGGCACACGCUCGCUCGUUUUAAUGGGGGGGGGGGGGUUCGUGUUGUACCGCACAGCGGAAUCUUUGUUCAGCAUCGUGCCAGGCAUCGUGUGCCAACAGUAUGCAAACGAUAGUUGUUUCGAAGAGUAAUUUAUGAGCAAAUAACAAAUUUGUCUCAGCACGGUUGCCUCGUCUGCGAUGCUUUCGAUGGCACAGGUCAGGAAAUGGGAAUAAACAUGGAUAAAACAACAAAACCACCAAACCAACACGAUUAGUUUUGAGUGAUCGGAAGAAGAGAUGUUUGCAAUUUUUGGCAGUUUCCUUUUUUUUGCUAGGCGAAGGAUUUUUGUUGUGUUGCUGUUCUACUUGAAAGGUGGCAUUAGUGAAGAUUCGAAAAGCUACCCUUGGCGGCAGGUCUUUCUGCAGCACAUGACGAAGAUGUGUUGCAGAGAACGAUCACGUAGGUAUGAGUGGCAAACGUGUGUGUGCUUUUUUCUUGUUUCCUACGAGUAGAAUUAGUUUUUUUUUUGAAUGUGGAUCGUUUUGCUCGUGGUGGUGGAAACGUAUACCACAAAAUCUUAGCAAAACUUACACCAGAAACCUCAUAGACAAACAAAUGAACCGGGGGUUGAAGGGAACAAAAAGCGCUUAUGGCGUGACUCUGUAUACCGGUGCCGGUCGGAGUUUAUUGCAGUCCAAACAAGAAUGCAACGUAUAGGCACGGCAAAUGUGCGGGUGACUGAGGGAUGUGAUGUGGACGGGGACUGCAGGGACAAACCAGGGCGGGGAGAGGAAAAGCGUGGACGCUGGAAAUCUGCACCCUCUGGACAAACAGUGCCGAUGACGAUGGCGCAAACCAUAGCAAAGCGAGAGGGCUUAUUUCCUUCCUGGGGCCCCGCGGAUGGACGUACCGAAACCGCCACAGUUCGGGCAUAUGGGCGGUGUGCAUUGGUUUGGUGAGGACGCCCCAGGUUUCUUCUCACCAGAUUUCUUGGGCACUCGGAGGGGGCACAGGAGACUGUCGGUCGGUCAUCCUGGAUGUUGGACACGAUUUAAGACUUGCCGAUGGAAACGUCUAACGAGCCCAAGGAACAGGAACAGGUGUCCGGUUCGGAGGUGACUUCCAGCGUGCAUCAAACAGUGUCACAUCAGCCGGUGAACGUUUCGCAAACCCUGUCCGAUGUACCGGUGGACGAAAUGAUCGUUAACUCAGAGUUACACGCGGCCGCGGAACGAAACUCACCCGGUCAACAGACGGCGGUAAUCAUCAACCAGCAUAAACAGCGAAUGAUCACAACAACGGGUCAAAUUAGGGAGAUCGCGGAAGGACAGGAACCACCGAACGAGUCGUCGGAUUAUGAUACGGUGGAGUAUCACCAAUCCGUUCAAUCGGCUGGCGGUGUUGAGCAGCAUACCUACAGCUACGAAACCGGCCACACCACUAGUCAGGAACAGGGUGUAGUGGUGAGUACAGCAGCUACCGCCUCAGUCCCGAGCGUCCAGAUCGUAAAGCGGGAAAUGAUCGAAAAGGAGGCAGCAAUGGCCGCAGCCGCAGCUGCAGCAAACAACCCACCAGAAACCACCAUUAUACCCGUGCAAACGCAAACCAUCUUUGUGGAGUACAAGAACGAUGGUGAAGAACCGGUGCGAUACGUGAACCGCUACGAGGACGUUAAAUAUCAUACACAUCCGCGAUACAUCUACCAGCAGCCACCCGGUGGAUUGACGCUCCCAUCGACACUGCACUCGGGUUCGGGACAUCCGCACGUUUCGCACCAUCCGCAUCCGCAUCAUCACCAUCAUCAUCAUGCACAUCACGGACACAGUAUGGUUCCGCCGGGACAUCAAACUCAUCACCACGUACACCAGCAGUCGGCACAGGUAAGGCAGACGAUUGAAGCGGUUUCACAACAUCCGUCGAGUGUAGCUGUAGCAUCCCAGUCCGGCACGACGAUCCAGGUGCAAGCGCAACCGCACCACCAAACUAUACAGGUGUACGAAACACACGAAGGGUCCGGCCCGGGUGGUGAAGUGCAACAGGUAGCCGAAGGUACGGUGGAUGCGAAAACACACUACACCAACCUGGAACCGGUGCAUACACUGGCAUCACCCCAAAACUACUACAUUGCGUCCGAUGGGUAUGCGACCGGCAAUUAUACCACUUUUCUGCCGCAGAAGGAAACCAUCUACUACCAUUCGCCCAGCCCCAAUCCGGUGCUGUACAAAGGUGACCCGACGCUUACCUCAUCGUCAAUCAUUACCAAGCAGAUUCACUACACGCCACCGAUACCGAACUCGCAGAACAUGUACGAAAAUGCCACCGGACAUAGCAGCAGUUCACCGGGAGCGCAACAAAUUUAUCCCGGCUAUUGGAAUGGUGCAGGAGUUGACUAUAACACUAACUUUACCGGUACAAUCGUGAUGGAUAAUGCGGGCGGUAAUGUUGGAGAGUAUGCGUCAAAUGGGCAGCACAGUUGGCAGAUCAGCUCGCUGAACGAAGCAUACGAUCCACAGCUGGCGGCACCCCCAGAGCACCGUGAGUGUGUGAACUGUGGCAGCUCCGAUACACCACUCUGGCGGCGAGACAUCGUUGGCCAUACCCUGUGCAAUGCGUGUGCACUGUACACAAGGCAGAACCCGGGCACCAAUCGGCCUCCAAACCGUUCGCAAAAAGCCAAACAAGCAGUGAAAACACCUCCAGCACAGGGAAACCGCCGAUCGGGUGUAACGUGUGCGAACUGUCAAACUACGACGACAACCUUAUGGCGCCGGAACAAUCAGGGCGAUCCAGUGUGCAAUGCGUGCGGAUUGUACUAUAAACUUCAUAGUGUCAACCGUCCGCUUACGAUGAAGAAGGAUGGUAUCCAGACGCGCAAGCGCAAACCAAAAUCUAGUCAGCAGAUACAGCCUAUGAAUGGGCUUAAUACAGGGAAACUGCUUCCGUCGAUGAUACCGUCCCAGUAUCAUUCGAUCUCCGAACCAAAGCUAUUGAACGCCAGCCAACCGCACCUAGCGACUUCGCAGCCGAUGGAGUUGCACAAUUCACCCGGGCACGAUCCACGGUUUGUGGACAGUUCUCCAGGUGCACCCGGAGGUGGAAAUUCGUCACCUCAUCUCGCACCCGUGCCUAACAAUCUUGCACGCCACAUACCAAUAUCUGUACCAUCGAUGGAUGGGAAUCGGGGAGCAAAUGGAGAGAUCACUAGCGUCAUCACCAGUACGGCAGUGGCAGAGCGUUCUGGUAAUUAGCGCAAGAGGCGAUCACCAAAAAACGAUCAGGUGCAUUUCAGUGGCAGUAGGCAGAUAGCUUUCCAUGUGUUUGUUUGUGCCAAUGCAAUAGAUUAAGCAGAUAGAAUAGACGAAAGCUAGCAUGUAAACACCAAAGGUACCAAAUAUGUAUCCGAAGCUGAAGACAAAUGUACAGUGGUGGGGCAAUUGGCUGGGAUCAACUUGAAGUAUUCGUAAUAAAAAAAAACAAACGUACUUAAAACAAACGAAA